AUGCCUCAGCGACCCACAUGUGGAAACCCUGAGCCAACGCCACUGGAAAUCAACUCAGCUACAUUUCAAGCAGCUGUAUCUGCGGCGGUCACAGCGGCACUAGCACAGAUCCACAAUGGGAACAAUAGUGGACGCAAUGGACAAGGGGCUGGAAGCUCAAACAACGGAAUGAACCAGGGGCCUACCAAGACUUGCUCCUUCAAAGAUUUCACCAACGCCAAGCCACGAACCUUUAAUGGCACAGGGGGGAUGAUAACCCUAAAGAGAUGGAUUGAAAUGGCGGAAUCGGUGUUCGAGAUAUGUGAAUGCCCCGAAGAGGUGAAAGUGAAGUUUGUAGCAUGCACAUUUGUUGACCAAGCUCUCACCUGGUGGCAUGGACAUGUGGAGACCUUCACCUUUCCCAUAGCCAAUGCCAUGUCAUGGGCGGAAUUGCAUGAAAUGUUGAUGGCCGAGUACUGCCCGUGUGGCGAAAUUCAGAAAAUGGAGCAAGAGUUAUGGAAUCUCACCAUCCGAAACUCCGACAUCGGUGCUUACAUAUCAAGGCUUAGCGAACUGUCUUUGUUGUGCCCUGGAGAUGCAUUGUACCAAUUGCAAUCGAAAGGGUCACACGUCAAAGUACUGCAGGACCUAUCCUCCCCAGAACCAGAAGCAAGAAGCAACAAAAACAACAACAACCGCAACUACAACAAUAACAACACAAACAACAGCGGCAACAAUGUGGGGGCAAGCCACACUUGUUAUGGAUGUGGAAAGACUGGGCAUUUCCGCCGAAACUGCCCCAACGUCAACAUCCCUGGGAAUGGAAGAGCAGGGAGAGUGCUGACCAUGGUUCAAAGAGAAGCGGUUCAGGAUCCCGUUGUUGUCACUGGGAACAUGAUGAUAAUUCUUUUGUUCGUUUGA